GAUUAUAGCUUGGUCGUCGUGUUCAAGUAAUCACUUUCCAAACAGUAAUCACUUUCCAUUAUUGCUUCAAGAUACAUAUUAUUGAAGCAACUUAUAAUCUACGUUACUAUUCCUCAAUAUCUCAGUGAGGAAAGACAUACAGCUCUCACUAUUACAAGUAUUAACGUAUGUGUGAAAUAGAAGGUAAACAAAGAGACCUCAGAAAUCAAGCUACUAUUUCGUUUACUAUUAAUUUUGAUAAAUUUUAGGGUUACCAGAAGAUCAAGUACCUAUUGGGACUUUAAAUGCCUGGGAAACCAAAUGUUACUCUGCUACUGAUGCUGUUGAAUUCUGGUUUUUAUGCCGCCAACUGUGGUUCUGCUUGUGCUGUAAGACACACAUGGCACGGCUUCGUAUGCGUUUGCAAUGCAACUCACUAUGAUACUAUUCAACUGGUCGAAAAGCCUCUCAAUAAACAUUCAUUUGUCCUGUACACCACUACUAAGUUUGGCGAUGUGUUCAAAGUCAAAUACGGUUCAUUCAACCAGCAUCAAACUUGCUGCUCUUCAGACUGUUAUAUCACUAUUAACCCUUAUGAAAAGCAUCAGGAAAUUUACGGAUUUGGAGGAUCUUUUACUGAUGCGACAGGAAUCAAUAUGGCAUCUCUCAGCAGAAGAGCUCAGUACAAUCUAAUAAGGAGCUAUUUUGGCAGCGAUGGAAUAGAGUACACUUUAGGCCGUGUUACCAUUGGAGGGUCGGAUUUUUCUGAUCAUCCCUAUACAUUGGACGAUCAUCCCUAUGACUAUCAACUCAAGUGCUUCAGACUGUCACCCGAGGACUACAAAUAUAAAAUUCCAUUUAUAAGGCUGGCACAAGCAGUGAGUUGUAAAAGAGUGCUUCUGAUUGGCUCAGCAUGGUCGGCUCCAGCUUGGAUGAAGACCAAUCACAACAUAACUGGCUACGGUUUCCUCAAAACAGAGUUCUAUCGUCUCUGGGCUGAAUAUCAUAUCAAAUUUCUAAAAGCCUACAAAUCAGAAGGAAUUGAUUUCUGGGCGUUGACCACUGGCAAUGAACCCAUAAUUAAUUAUCUGAAAUUUAUAAAAUUCAAUAAAAUGGGCUGGUAUCCCGAGGAUCAGGGCAAGUGGAUCGUUGAUGACCUUGGCCCAUUGAUGAGGAAACAUUUCAAAAAUUGUAAAAUUAUUGGACUAGACGACCAAAGGCCCUUACUGCAUCACUGGACUUCAAGG